CGAUGGGUUUCCUGCUGCAAGUUUCCUGCUAACGGCGGACGGAUAAGCAGGACCAGAAUCCACCUUCCUCAACCAGAACCGGACCUGCAGAGACCCAGAACCAGAACCAGCAGAGAGGAAGCAGUGAGCAGACGGAGGCGGCGGGUGAACUCAGUCGAUGGAUGCUGUCCGGAUCGAGGGGGCAGCAAGUUCUUCACUGACGAGGAAAAGAAAGAUUUCAAAAUUGAGUCGAAGGACAGAAACUCGCCGUCAGGCAUGGUGUGUGAGAAGGGGAUCCAGAUCCUCCUCACCACCGUGGGGGCGUUUGCCGCCUUCGGCCUGAUGACGGUGGCCAUAGGGACGGACUACUGGCUGUACUCCCGCGCCCUCAUCUGCAACAGCACGGCCAACGUCACCCAGGACGACCCCCACAACAAGGACAAGAAGGACCCCGGGGCCCUCACCCACUCAGGGCUGUGGAGGAUCUGCUGCCUGGAAGGAGUGAAGCGAGGAGUGUGUUCUCAGAUCAACCACUUCCCGGAGGACGCAGACUUUGACCACGACGGGGCCGAGUACGUCCUACGGGUAGUCAGAGCUUCCAACAUCUUCCCAAUCCUCAGUGCCAUCCUGCUGCUGAUGGGAGGCAUUUGCAUCGCUGCUAGUCGUUUCUACAAAAGCAAAAGGAACAUCAUCCUGGGGGCAGGAAUCCUCUUCGUGGCUGCAGGUCUGAGUAACAUCAUCGGUGUGAUAGUCUACAUCUCAGCCGCGUUGGGCGACAUCUCUCCGAAGAAGGACGAGGACAAGAAGUGGCAGUACUCGUACGGCUGGUCCUUCUACUUCGGCGGUCUGUCCUUCAUCAUGGCCGAGAUGGUGGGCGUUUUGGCCGUCAACAUCUACAUCGAGAAAAACAAGGAGCUGCGUUGCCGCUCGCGCACCGACAUCUUUAAGAGCACCACGCACGCCAUGCUGCGCCUGCCCAGCUACCGAUUCCGCCGCCGCUCCCGAUCCUCGUCCCGGUCCACCGACCCCUCACGCUCCCGGGACCCCUCACCAGUCGGAGGCGGCGGAGGGAAGAACUUCGGCCUGCCUCCGUCGGCGCUGCUCUCCCAGGGUCCCAUCUCGGUGUCCACCCUACCGAACCCCCACUCCCGCUCCCACACGGCGCUGGCCGGCGGCGACAUCUCCCUCUACACGCUGUCCCGAGACCCCAAGCUGGGGGGUUUGCCGCCGAUGUACGGAACGGUGGACAGGGCAACGCUCUACCAGCUGCACAACUGCUUCCCAAAGGACGGCGGCGGCGGAGGCGGGGUGAUGAUGAGCGGCACCCUCCCCUCGCUGAAGUCCCACAACCCUUCCAACUCUUCCAACUCCAAUGCGCCGAUGCCGAACUCGGUGGGCUCUGGACCGCCGCCCUUCACCUCGUCCACGGUGGACCGGGAGCGAGGGAUGGGGACUCUGGACAGGCUGAAAGGCGAUCGGGAGAGCAACUCCAACACCCUGAACCGCAAGACGACGCCUGUAUAAAGAGAGAAUAAGAUGAGGUGGGUGAGGAGGAAGGGAGAGAAUGGGUAGAAGUUGAAAAAAAAACAAAGCUCGCGAAGGAACGCCGCGUCCACGUGGCUCGAAACGGCAGCCGGCGGGUGGAAACGCUGCAUCUCUCCCUCCAUGUUCACUGUUAUUUAGUCAAAUCUCACUGAGAACAAAAAGAAAAGUAAUAACAGAGCGAUAAUAACAACAACAAUGAACUCUCACAAUAAAACUAUUUUGAUAUUUAACGUGCUAGAAAUGAUUUAUUUUGUUAACGAUCAAACGCAAUUAACCUUGGGCUAUUAUGAAAAAUGUCUCACAUGAUUUUGUGCAAUACUUCUUCUGCUAAUUUAACCAGAUCAUCAUUAGUGUCGAAUUGUUGUUGUGAUUAUUCUUAGCGUUAUUACAGGCUAGACGUAUUUGCAAACACUAUAGUUUGGAAUGAAGAUUUUAAUUUCUCUUUUUUGGACUUUUACUGUGAAUUUCUUCCAUGCGGAGCCGCUGAGCCGUCGACCAGCGAGCUGUGUGUCAAAGUGUCGAGCAUGAGUGUGCACAACAUGUGGACGAAUGAGAGCCUGUAUUAUUUUUUAACCCCUAUAUUACAUGAGUUUCAUUUAUAAUACAGAGUCAGAUGUGAAUACUGUAAAUUGUCUUCCAAUAUUGAUACUGAAAAUAAUGCAACAAUAACGCAAGCGACUGAGACGACUUCAUUGUUACGAGUUUUCUAUGGGCCUCUGUUCGUCUUAUUUCCAUUCUAAUCAGUGUUAACAGUAGUACUUGUAGCUAUAGUCGUGUUGAAGAUGUUUGUUCUUGGGCAUUAACAGAAACCUCCGAUCGGAGGACACAGAAAAAAAAAGAAUUUGUACAGAAUCAGGUGAAGGUUGCUGCCUGAGCAGAAAAACAAACAAAAAAUAAUGUUUUUCUAUGACAAGUCCCAAAGUGACACAUGCAAAUCAUCAUUUUCAGUGGCAAAAAAAUAAAAACAAAACACAAUAUGUAUAUGUGGGCUGAGAGGGUUUAAAAAACAAUGUAGAGAACUUUUCAGAACAUACGUGUACAUUGUAAUUUACGCAUAUUUGUAAAGUCUGUAGGUAGGUUUUUUCGGGACCACUGUUCUAACAUUUCGGGCAGGGCGGACUCUGAUUAGGCGGUUUCAUCCCCCUUCCUCCCGUCCAUAUUUGGUCACAUGAUCAGUGUUUACCCAAUCCCAUCGCCGUGGAGACGAACCCCCCAAAGAUUCUGCUCACUGUGCUUCCUCAGCUUCCGGAACUUUCUGACCUGUUUGUGUUGAUGAGAAUGUAAACACACAGAAACCCCGCCCAUCCACCCCGUACCCCCUCCCACCCCAUCGCCGUGAGUGACUGCAGAUCAGGUGGUUACCGUGGAAACACCUGCAACAACGAAAAUCAAAACGAUCAGACGCUUCCAGAUUCUCUAAGUUUUGAUUUCUUUGAUUUUGAGAAAAAGAAUAAUGUGAUAAAAACUGCACACAGAUAGCAUUUAUGUGGGCAAUAUGAAUAGUAUGUAGUUGAGAAUAGAUAUAUCUAGACAAAUGAUUAUGGUUUAUCUAAAUGUGUGAUAAACUUAAACACUGUAUUGCACGAAGUUUAUAAAAAAAACAAUAACAGACCUGUUCACAGA